GGUUUUCCAUUUUUUUUUUGUUGCCAGAUCCCGUCGUGCAGCCAGUCAACAAUGCGCAUUUGCUCCCUUUCGUUGUCCUCCCACAACGGCGUUUCUCUUCACUUCCACCUCGUAAGAAUCUGGAACACUUUACUGUCUGUCAGGCAACAGCCUUCCAUCCAGCGUCUCACCCUUACCCAUAAACCCAUGAUCCAGCACACUUCCAACUUCUAUAUCUCGAUUGCAACGCAGCCCAGCCCAUUCCAUGGCACUCGACAACCACAGCUUAAACUGGUGCCCUGACGCAGUGUGAUGAACAAAAAAUCCGCGACCGAAAUCCUCGUCCAUAUCACAGCUCCUAGCAGAUCGAAAGACGAUGCCAACUAUAGAGCACUCGCCAAUGCAUAUAACAACUUUGAACCCACCACGCGCACAUCCGUGUUCAGCAAGACAAUAUCACCAAAUGUCGUAGUUCAUCAGGCCGCCGUGCAGCCUCAGCCCGUUGGAAAUGGCUCCCUAGGACCCUCCACGCAACCGGAUCAGAUCCUUCGGUCGUCUGAAGUAGCAGGAUUUGUCGAAACACCGGUGUUAUCGUGGCGCGAUGCCGCGAACAAUUUAGCAUCGCCCAGCUUGCGGAUGAGGCACGAUGAGCCUAGCCAAUACUCACAGGUUUCAUGGCAACCUCCUGCAAGCGUUGUUCAAGAUUCACUGCCAGACAAUAAUGUGACUUUGUCUCAGUUUUGCACACCGACAAGGCUGUUAGAGGACUAUCUACAUCCUGGUGAUUCCAGUCAGUUUCUGUCGCCAGUCAUAGAGAGGGCCCCGAGUGGACAGCAACCAACAGCCGCCCGGAUCCAGAGUCAGCAUGAGGGAUACUCGACAUUCCCCACCAUCAGCCAUAUCUCGCAGCGGCGACAGGUGGCUAGCGGUGAGCCUCACAUAGCGCUCUUACCACCGGAUUCUUCUUUACAAGGGAAUAGCCAGGAACAUGCGGCGGAAGGCGGUACUCAAAGGACCCUCAGUUCACUGAUCAAUAGGGCCAAGAAACCUCAUGUUGCUGCGCCAUCAGAAAGGGAUUUAUCAUGUCGUCAACUCGCUAGGCGCAUGUCAAUCACAGAAUAUUCUCCCAGACGCCAAACACCAGCAGAUCCCCGAGGAAAGUUUAUACCUCUCUCGCCAGUGAUAAACGCCAACAACAAGCGCCGCCGACCCGUCCAGCAUGGGCCGUCUCCCUCCUCCCGAGACAGCGACUUCACGAUAGCAUCAUCACAGCCUGCGGUCCAAGAGCAAGUUCCAGCCACCGACACCAUCCUUUGCAAACAAGACUUAUCCAAGCAAUGCCUAUCGUCAUCCCGUACCGAAUCCGAACCGCCACCAAUCAAGUGUCGCCGCACAUGUCCCGAGCCAGCGCCAGCACCAGCACCAUCAUCACGAUCAGCUACGCCCGCUUCAUUGACGUUUUUGUCCGUCCCCUCAUCUUCCGCAAACCCAAUCUCAAGCUCCGGAAAGCCCCUCGUCCGCUCUUCCAGUGAUAUCGGCCCCCGACAAGACGCUAUCAAAUCCAACCAGAUCGCCUCACGAAGCGCCCGCCUCUCGUCGGUCCUCGAGCUCCAUUCGCCCUGCCCUCCAACGUCCGAUCACGUAUUCGAUCUCUCAUCUUCUUUUUCAAAGGAGAAAGGAGAAGGAGAAGCAGAAAACGAUCUCUCAUUGAUGACCCCCGUCCUCGCCAAGCUCGCCAUCGACCUGAAACUCCCCAAACGAUUCCAGCCCUCACUCCGGACACGCGCCACGCGCCCUUACGAGCGGGGCUACUGGCUGGUGGACUGCACGUCAUGGGGCCGCGAGCUCAAGGAGUCGUGCUGGCUUUUUCUAGCGGACUACCUGGGUAGCGGGGCGGCGGGCUGGGGGGUCUGGUGCACGCGGGAUGAAGCGUUCACUCGUUUGAGAUUGUAUUGCUGGGGCGCGGUGGUUGGUCACCUAUACCUUGUCUUGUACAUAAUUAGCAAGCGGGAGGUGCUGUAUACAGGGACGGAAUGGGUGGAUGGGGACGGGGAGGUGGUCAUUAGGAUGGAAGCUAGGUCGCGGUCUGUAAUGGCCACGGGGGUGGGCACGUUGAGUGCGAGGUAGGGCUCUAGGUUGUUGUGGCAGAUUUGAAUGGGCGUGGGAAACUGGUCCUGGUUCAAAGUGGACCGAAGCUGGGAGUUGCGGGCUCAGCUGAUGAGUUGCGGGCGUUUAACAACCUACAGCCCCUGGUAUCAGUGAUAUUGGGGGGUAACCAAACUUGAAUUUGGCCCAUGACUACUCUUCGUGUACAUGAACUUGAGGCUUUGCGAUGCAGUGUACUUCUGGUCCCUUCUUUAUUUGGGUUCCUAGUUGGACACCCACAUUCGUUCCUUUAUUGAUCCAUAAAGAUUAUCCGAUGAUUCGCCUCGCUUCCCCAACAACCUUACAAAUACAUUUCGGU